AUGCUUGACGGCGGGUUAGGCAAACUGCAGAAGAGGAUGAGGGGUCGGUUUGGUGAUAGUUUAAAUCCCGAUGAUGCAUUCCUGAGUUUGACACGAGAGGAUAUGCAAACCCUCAAGAACGACUGGCUCACAGAUAAUAUCAUUUCAUUCUGGGAAGAAUAUCUCGAACAUGAAUUCCUCACCAAAUACAAAUCCUCCAACAUCAUCCUCCUCCGCCCUAGCAUGUCCUUCAUGAUCCUCCAGACUCCCGAUCCCCGCACCCUCCGCGAGGCCCUCCCAGAUUUCACCAAGGCCACGCACGUCUUCCUCCCAAUAAAUGACUGUCGAAAUGUCACACAGGCCGAAGGCGGCUCGCAUUGGUCUCUACUUUUGAUCUCGAUCGUCGACCGCAUUGCGUUCCACUAUGACUCUCUAUACCAAGGAAACGUCUGGGAGGCGGAUACCGUGACUCGUAAAUUCGGAGCCCUCUUGAACAUGCCAUUCCGGUUUCUACAUUUGAAUGACUCGCCCCAGCAAGACGGGGGCAGUGAUUGUGGUGUCUUUGUCUGCAUGAACAUGCGCCACCUACUCCUGAAACGCCUCCUCAUGGCGAGCGCUCAUGAGAAGGUGAGUAUGAGUCUAGGUGGACGGAAGAUUGAUGCGAGUGCGAGUCGGAAGGAGAUGGCGAAGGUGAUUGAAGGGUUCCGGAAGGAAGGCGAGCGACGACGAUCCACAAGUCUCAGUCCGAUGGGCAAAGGCAAAUCACGAAGUCCGCCGCGUAUCGAGUAA